AUGGACAGACUUGCUUUCCAAUCAAGCACUACUCCAAGUGGCAUGAGGGAGGACAUCUUGCUAGCAUCAUGGUUGAUUGUGCUCCUGAGGACUCGCGAAGGCGAACGUGUAACUUUUGGUUGGACAUAUCAAAGCUUCUCAGAUGCAUCGGAGAAACCAUGCAGGCAUAUCUCAAUGGAGGAGAUCAUGAAAGGAUUGCAAGACUCGGUCGACAGUGUUAUCAGAACUAUUGCGAGCCAGAUCUCCGCAGCAAAUCUGCAUGAGAAGAGUACGGAGCCUGCCUCGCUGCUCCUGAGUACUGGUCGACUACAGCAGCAACAGCAGCCUAAGGACCAACCAAUGGGAACUCUCCAUCUUAGCGUACGCUUGCUCGAUGGCAACAUUGACAUCCAGCCAGCAUUCCGCAGCAAGGACAUGUUGGAUAACGAGGUGACCAGAUACAUCAGAUCACUGCAAGACACCCUACAACUUUGCAUCUCGAAACCUGGAAUUACAAUCGAAGACUCGAUACGACCAACAUCGAGCGAUCUGGACGAGAUCUGGCGAUACAAUAAUGUAUUGCCACCAACUUACGAUUUCUGCAUGCACGAAAUGGUGUCAGAGCGAGCUCAGCAGUUCCCCGAAAAGGUCGCAGUUGACUCCUGGGAUGGCACUUUGACAUUUGGACAGAUCGACCAAUAUUCGACCUCUAUGGCACAUUCUCUGGUCGCCGAGGGUGUGCAACCACAUGACAUCGUACCGUUGUGCUUUGAAAAGUCACGAUGGGCGAUUGUUGCUGUACUAGCAACCAUGAAAGCAGGAGCGACCUUUGCAAUGAUGGAUCCGUCACUUCCGCUUGCUCGACUCCAAAACAUGGCUGUGCAGAUUGGUGCGAAAAUCAUUGUUUCUUCACGUACACAACAUGAUUUUGCCAAAUCUAUCUUGCCGAGCGCACCACAUCUUAUCGUCGAAGAAGAUACUUGCAAACGAGCAGUUCCUGGAAGCUUGAAGACUCUACCGCCAGUUGACCCUGACACUCUUAUGUAUAUCAUCUUCACAUCUGGAAGCACUGGUACGCCAAAGGGUGUCACAAUCUCUCACAAGACAUACACCAGCAGCGCCAUUCCUCGAGCGAUAGCAGUUGGCUACACCGAGACUUCUAGAGUCCUCGACUUCGCGUCAUAUGCUUUCGAUGUCAGUAUUGACAGUAUGUUUCUGACGGUGAGCAACGGCGGCUGUCUUUGCAUUCCUUCAGACGAAGAUCGCUUGAACGAUAUUAAUGGCGUGAUUCGGAAUAUGAAGAUCAACUACGCAGGCAUCACGCCAUCUAUGGCUCGAAUCUUGGAUCCAGAUGUCAUCAAAUCACUCGAUGUUUUGGGUCUUGGAGGAGAAGCAGCUUCUGCCAGAGAUGUCAACUUUUGGGGUCAAGACACCAGGAUUGUUAUUGGCUAUGGACCUUGCGAGUGUACCAUUGGAUGCACGAUCAACAGCGACACUGCAACAGGCAGAGAUUACAUAUCUAUCGGCACUGGCAACGGAGCUUGCAUGUGGAUUGUGAACCCUGAUGACCAUGAGCAACUUAUGCCUGCCGGUGCCGUUGGCGAAUUGCUUGUCGAAGGCCCCAUCGUUGGACAAGGUUACCUGAACGAUCCUGAGAAGACGGCAAAUGUGUUCAUUAAUUCCCCUUCCUGGCUUGUCAAAGGUCACGGCAAGUAUGCUGGUCGCCGCGGUAAACUGUAUAAGACUGGAGACCUCGGAAAGCAUGAUCCUGACGGUUCUGGUGGUAUCAUUUUUGCUGGACGAAAAGAUACUCAGGUCAAGCUUCGUGGCCAACGUGUCGAGUUGGGCGAGAUUGAAAGCCAGCUCGUGGCUAGACUGCCAUCUGGCACUACAGUGAUUUCUGAGGUCAUUGUACCACAAGGCACGGGAGGUCAAGCUACGUUGGUCGCCUUUGUCGCACCUAUCGCCUCGAAGGGGCACGGCCAAACAGAGAUUAGCUCGAUCAAGCUUUCGGAUGAGCUACGUGAAGCACUCUCGAAGGCUGAUGCAGAGGUGAAGGAAGUUCUGCCUCGCUAUAUGGUACCCACUUCAUAUAUUCCUGUCAAUCAUGUCCCAGUCCUGAUAUCUGGGAAGACUGAUCGCAAACAACUGAAAGCUUUCGGCGCUACGGUAGAAUUGAAAGAUCUCAGUCAGGACUCGACUGAGGCUUGCCGUGAGCUCAACGACCUGGAAGAACGCCUACAGCAGGCCUGGAGUCAGGUACUGAAUGUAGAGGCUGCGGGCAUUAGUCUCAAAGAUAAUUUCUUUGCCCUUGGCGGCGACUCUUUGGCAGCGAUGAGACUUGUAUCGACCUGCAGAUCGCAAGGACUUAUCUUGUCUGUCAUUGACACAUUUAGCAACCCAAAUCUAUCUGCGAUGGCCAGUGUCAUCAAGACCGGUGAUGUUCAUACCCACAGGGAGAUCUUGCCGUUCUCCACCAUCGCGCGCUCGGUCGAUGAUGCUCGUCUAGAAGCAGCACAAGCUUGUGGAGCUGACGCUUCACAGAUUGAGGACAUCUAUCCCUGUACCCCAACACAGGAGUCACUUUUCACGUUCUCACUCAAGUCGAAAGAACUAUAUCUCGCUCAAAGAGUGGCAUCUAUACCUCAAGAUAUGAGUGUCGACGCUUUGAAGAGGGCUUGGGAGAAAGUCGUCGCUUCCAAUCCAAUCCUUCGUACUCGUGCUGCACAGCUCGAAGAACCUGGACUUCAGCAAAUUGUGCUGAACGAGAAUAUAUCCUGGAGAUAUGCCAAUGACUUGAACCAAUACCUCGAGAACGAUAAAAACGAGAGAAUGGACCUUGGCCAAAGCUUAGCCCGUUAUGCCAUCGUUGAUGCAGCAGAAAAUGGCAAACGCUAUAUGGUUUGGAGUAUCCAUCAUCUGCUGUAUGAUGGAUGGUCAGAGCCUCUCAUCCUCAAGCAAGUCAGCGAUACUCUCCAAAACAAGCCGAUCGAGAUCCCAGCUCGCAUGAGAGACUUCGUCGAGUAUGUUCGCGAGACGGAUGAAAAUGCCAUGCAAGAGUUUUGGAGACAGGAGUUGAAGGGCGCUGUGGGGCCCCAAUUUCCCCGCAUGCCAUCUAGGGACUUUGUGCCCACUCCUGAUGCUAUGGUUGAGCGUAUGAUACCACUCGAAACCGGCGCUGGCUUCCCAUUCACACUGGCAACACUCAUCCGCGGUGCGUGGGCACUCGUGGCUUCGCAGUACUCUGGCAGUGAUGAUGUCUUGUUCGGGGAAACACUGACUGGUCGUGAUGUUGCACUUAAUGGAGUCGAAAGUAUUGUUGGCCCACUGAUUGCUACAGUACCUAUUCGUAUUCGAGUCAACAGAAACAGCACUCUUGAAUCCUUCUUGCAAUCCGUCCAACAAAGCAUCCUGGCUAGAACACCCUAUCAACACAUGGGAUGGCAGAACAUCAGGAAGGUCAGCCAUGACGCUCAGCAUGCGUCAGAGGCACCAACUGGUCUCGUCAUCCAGCCCGAGCCUGAGUACGUGGGCAAUGACCUUGGUUUCCAGCUUGGAGAUGUAGUUCGCGAAGCACUCCAUUUCAACCCCUAUCCUCUCAUGGUUGGAUGUGGUAUCCGAAAGGGUGGCUUCAGAGUCUGUGCCAAUUUCGACAGCAGUCUAAUCGAAGUCUCUCAGAUGGAGCGUAUUCUUGCACAGCUUGAAGUCGCUUGUAGACAAUUGACUAAAGAGCUUUCGAGACCUGUGAGUGAGGUCAGCUGCCUACCGGAGACAGAGUUAGACCAGAUUUGGCAAUGGAACCAAAAUGCGCCCUUGUCUUAUGACGAUGCAACAAAACGUCUGGGCGCGAACGUAGAUACGAAGCAAGGCUCUGUUUAUCCUUCUGCAACCGUGGCUUGGGUAUGCGAUCCUCGUAAUUCGUCCAUGUUGGUGCCCAUUGGGUCCGUGGGUGAGCUCUGGCUUGAAGGCAAUUUUCUCCCUGGUGAGACACUUGAGUCGCCAACUUGGCUCCUGGCUGGAAGCUCUUCCUAUCCUGGCCGCACUGGCAAAGUGCAAGCCACAGGUGAUUUGGUUGAGCUGCGUGCUGGCGGUAGCUUGGUCUUCGCUGCCCGCAAGGACAACUUCUUGCCUAUUCAAGGCCACACAGUCGAUUUUGCCGAUCUCGAAGCGCAUGUUGCUAGAUACUUGCCGCCUGCUACCCGUGGUGCUGCCACAGUCUUACAAUCGACAUUGGAAGAUAGCCAAGAGAUUGUGGUCUUUGUCGAUCAACGACCAUCUCUCGAAGACAGUGUCAAUGUCCUGUCUGAAGAUCACAAGAUUUAUGGCUCGGAAGCAACAAUCCGUGCCAGGAUCCCUAUCGAGCUUGCCACUGCAUUGAAGAAGCUUGACAAGUAUAUCCAUGACUCAUUGCCUUCUUACGUCGCACCAUCUGCAUACAUCGUGGUAGACAACUUGCCUACCAACAAUGCAGGUCAGAUCGAUCGCGAUGCACUGAACAGCCUGGCUUCGAGCAUUGCCUCUGAUGUUCUCGAUCAACUCCGCGAAGGACUCAAACAAGCUUGGUCGACAAGUGUAGCUCAUACCAAGCUGACACUAUCAGAGAAUAUCCUGAGAACAGCUUGGGCCAAGAUCCUCCGCAUCAGCGCAGACAAGAUUGACGUUGACGACAACUUCUUCCGUCUCGGAGGUGACUCCGUACUGGCAAUGAAACUAGUGUCCAAUCUUCGUGCUCAAGGACAUGCUCUGUCUGUGGCUGAUAUUUUUCAGCACAUGCGUCUUGGUGAUGCCGCUAAUGUGAUGAAGUUGGAUGCCAUAUCGAGAGCUAGGGACCAGAUGAAGUCGUACAAAUCUUUCUCUACGCUGGGUAUAUCGAACGUUGAGAGCUUUUUGUCUGAGAUUGUCAGACCUAAGCUUGCGAACCAAGACUGGGUUUUACGCGAUGUGCUUCCUGUGACUGAUACACAAGCACUCGAUAUCAAGCAAACUGUUUCGCCACCACGAACGUCCAUUCAAUAUACCACCAUGAUUUUUGAGAAGGAUAUUGAUAGUGGGAAGUUGCUUGAUGCUUGCAGGCAGCUCGUCAAGACGCAUGAUAUCCUUCGUAUGGUCUUCAUUGAGCACGAUGCGACUUUCUAUCAAGUCAUCCUGGAAAAUUUGGAUGAUGUGGUUGUCACCAAGCAAGUUGAGGGCGAUCUGAAACAACAGAUCACGGAUAUCUGCACUGCAGAUAUUGAAGAAGAGUUUGCGCUGGGCAAUGCUCUUACAAAAAUAUUGCAUGUCAAGAGCAGCGAUGGGCAAGAAGGUCUUGUUCUCCGCCUUUCGCAUGCUCAGUAUGACGGUGUAUCAUUGCCAGCACUGCUCGCCGAUCUCGAGACGUUGUACACUGGUGGCAAGAUCUCGAGCGAGCCAUUCGCUACACACAUGUCGGCUACAUUAGAUCCAUCUAUGCAGGAGAAAGCUCUGACAUACUGGAAGGACUUGCUCUCUGGCUCUUCGCUGUCAUCCCUGGGCACUUCCACUGAAGAGAACGACAAGGGCAUAUUCAAGUCUGCCUCAGUAGACAUGACAAACAAGCCUUCAGACGUAACGACCGCCAACAUUCUCACAGCAGCAUGGUCUCUCGUCCUAGCUCGCCGCCUCCAAACUCACGACGUCGUCUUUGGCGCCGUAACCUCCGGCCGCAACAUAUCCAGUCUAGCAAAUGCAGACAGCAUCAAUGGUCCCUGCUACCAAUUCACUCCCAUCCGCAUUAGCCUCUCUUCUUCCCAAGACACUUCCAUACUUCUCCGCAAUAUCGCUGCCCAAGUGGCUGCAUCCAGCGCCCACGACUUUUUAGGCUACUCACGUAUCGCCGCUGCAGUUGGUUGGGAUACCACCUCUGGAUUUGACAGUCUAGUUCAUCAUCAAGAUGAUGAAGAUGAUGUGGACACUUUGCCAUUUGCGGGUGGUAUCUGUGCUGUUGCUUUGGUGAAGCCGCAUGGUGAUAGUCCAAAACCGUUUAAGGUUGUGAGUUUUGUUAAGAGUGGAGAGACUUAUGUGGGUGUGGUUGGUGCCGAGGGGGAGGUUGCUUUUGUUGAAGAGGUUUUGUGGGAGUUGGUGGAUGCUGUCGGGGAGGUGGUUAGAGGUGGUCAGCUAGCGAUAUGA